CCGCCCACCUGCUUGACGCACGCCGGCCCAGCCUUGCUACCUCUCCUACCAAACUUUCACCUUUUGAACUGCUUCGUGUUUCUCUAGCCACCAGACGCAAGAGGACGGGAAUAAUGGCGGACCAUGGACUGACAAACGAAGCCGCUGCAGCCGCCUGCAAAGACGGAAAUCCGAUCACUAAGGACUUCAUGAUGCAGCAGACGAUGCUGAGAGUGAAAGACCCGGUUAAAUCGCUGGAUUUCUACACACGCGUCCUGGGAAUGACCCUGCUGCAGAAAAUUGAUUUCCCCGCCAUGCGCUUCUCUCUCUACUUCCUGGGUUAUGAAGAUAAAAAAGAAAUCCCAGCUGACAUCAGUGAGAGGACAGCGUGGACUUUCUCACGCCGAGCCACCAUCGAACUCACACAUAACUGGGGUUCGGAGUCAGAUGACAGCCAGUCUUACCAUAACGGAAAUUCAGACCCUCGAGGUUUUGGACACAUAGGAAUCGCUGUGCCAGAUGUGUCUGCCGCUUGCAAGCUGUUUGAGGAGCAAGGAGUGACCUUUGUUAAAAAGCCUGAUGAUGGUAAAAUGAAGGGCCUGGCUUUCAUUCAGGACCCAGAUGGCUACUGGAUUGAGAUUCUGAGCCCCAACAACAUGGUGUCCAUCGUUUCGUAAAGAUGCUCGCAUGGCCGUGUGAUCAGCUAGCAGACGUUUUGAAAGAAAGUUGCUGAAAAGAGAGCUAAGAAAAAAAGAGCCAUAUUUUUAUGACCUCACACACGGUGCUCUUUUUGCGGAGAGGGCGAAUCAGGGAGAAGCUCAUUUCGAGGUGCAGCCGGUGCUAAGUGGCCGAAACGGCCGAGACGAGCCGAUGAGCUUUAUCUAGAAACACAUCACUGACAAUUAGACACUAAUUAUGAAACCAGUAGUACAUUCUAACCAUACAAAUAUCACUUGCAUGACUAGCUUUGGAGUCGUUCCUAUCCGUUUUUGGUGGUUUAAAUUAUAUGCUAUGCCACCUUUUGUUUUGUUCAAGAAAUUCUAUUUUAUUAUAAAGCUCUCUUCUACAUAUUGUCAUUAUUAAAUUAAUAGUAGUUGUGGUUAAUUAAACAAAAAUGCUGCUUGUCAAA